CCCGACCAGGCUCAGAGCCCAGCCAUUCCCAGAACUACACCUGGCUGUAUUCUCCAUGUUGUCUGCAGCAAGCUCCCAGGACCGGGGAAGUCCAGGACCUUCCAUCUGGACGGUCAGCACAAUGGUACCUGUCCUGCUGUCCCUGCUGCUACUUCUGGGUCCUGCAGUCCCCAAGGAGACCCAGGCUGGGAAUUACUCUCUGAGCUUCCUCUACACGGGGCUGUCCAAGCCCCAUCAGGGCUCCCCCCGCUUCCAGGCCGUCGCCUACCUCAACGACCAGCCCUUCUUCCACUACGAUAGCGAAGGCAGGAGGGCCGAGCCCCUGGCCCCGUGGAGCCAGGUGGAAGGCAUGGAGGACUGGGAGAAGGAGAGCGCCCUUCAGAGGGCCAGGGAGGACAUCUUCAUGGAGACCCUGAGUGACAUCAUGGACUACUACAAGGACAGCGAAGGGUCUCACACCUUUCAGGGAGCAUUCGGCUGUGAGCUCCGGAAUAACGAGAUCAGUGGAGCGUUCUGGGUGUAUGCUUAUGACGGCCGGGACUUCAUCAAGUUCGACAAAGAAAUCCCAGCCUGGGUCCCUCUGGACCCAGCAGCUCAGAACACCAAGCGCAAGUGGGAGGCAGAGGCCGUCUACGUGCAGCGGGCCAAGGCCUACCUGGAGGAGGAGUGCCCAGGGAUGCUGCAGAGAUACCUGCCCUACAGCAGGACCCACCUGGACCGCCAAGAGUCUCCCUCUGUGUCAGUCACCGGCCACGCGGCCCCAGGACACAAGAGGACACUCAAGUGCCUGGCCUACGACUUCUACCCGCGAAGCAUCAGGCUGCACUGGACUCGGGCCGGCGACGCCCAGGAGGCUGAGUCAGGGGGUGACGUGCUCCCCAGCGGCAACGGCACUUACCAGUCCUGGGUGGUGGUGGGGGUCCCCUCUGAGGACCCAGCCCCCUACUCCUGCCACGUGGAACACGGAAGCCUGGCCCGGCCCCUCACUGUCCCGUGGGACCCGCAGCAGCAAGCCCAGUAGUCACCCUUUCUGCGCAGUGAGAGAGGUGGGCGCUACGAGCCACUGUCAACAUCGUGGGCCAGGCCCAGGGGACGGCGGUGGAUUCCGGGUGGUGGAUUCGAGAGGGAAGACUUGAAUGCCGAGCUCUGAGCCGACUCACGGCCAACCAGUCUUGCAAAAAACCCAUUAUGUAAUCUGCAAAAUCAAAUCAUCAUCAUCGCCUUAUAGAAUGAUUAUUUCUAAACUGCAAAGUGCUGUAGAAAUGUGAGCGUUUGUCAUCAGUCCUGCCCCUCCGAGCGCUGGAUUCACCUGAAAUUCUUAGUGUUUACUGGGCUUCUCACCACCAUAGCGUGGCCUGGACCACCGGGCCCGGGGGCAUUGUUCACGCGUGCCCACUGCUGAUGUCCCCAGGGGUCAUGAGGCUGUGGAACUCUGCAGUCUCUUUACUACAAAUCCAAGCCUCUUCGGUACCUGUUUUCCCAGCAGUCCAGCUCCCCGCAGACACCACCCUUCACUCCAGCUCCCGGACUUCCCCACACCUUGUUGGCCUGGGGCCACAUACUGUAGCUCAUUUCAGAGGCUCCAUCCAUCCAGGACACAGAAUCGGCCCUGAUGUCCUUGGACUCCCUCCAGAUUCAUUUGAAUGUGUGUGUUUUGUUUUGUUUUAACUGUGUCACCCAUCCCCACCCACAGGUUUAAGCCCCAAAGACAGAGCAGAACUCACCGAUCUUAUUACUAGGCCUCACCUGCCCAGGCAGGCCCUUCCCUCACCGCCCCGCCUCAGCCUCCCAUGUCCCACUGAGUCAGUCCUCCAAGCCGAGCUCCUUGGACACAUCCUUCCCAGCCUUCCGAAUUCUGAGCCCUCUUGCUUACCUCUCUUUCUUGACAACCUAAAAUUAAAGGCCAUACUCCUUUUUUUUUUUAAUACUUUGAUCCAAUUUAAAAAUCAGCUUGCCAAGAAGUGGUUUUUUCAUUCUGUGAUAUCACACCUCCCCAUCCA